AUGAUCAAGGAAUAUAAUUUAUGCCAUGUUCGAAUAAGAAAUACUGAAACAUUUAUAAAUGCAAGUGCUAAAUUAAUUGUUCGAGGUAAAGUAGUUCCUAUAAUCACAACAAUUUUCCCAUUCAUACAUAAUGUUGAUUUACAAGAUCAAGUUAAUUUUACUUGUAAUGGUACACGAACAUCAACAGAUGUUAAUGUAACAUGGUAUAAAAAUUCUGUUCGUUUAACAAAUCAAUCAUCAAAAAUUCAAUUGAUCGAAAAUCAAUUAAUGAUUAAUGAUAUUGAUUGGAAUGAUCAAGGUAUGUAUCAAUGUUUUCUAACAAAUGAUGUUGGUGAAGAUACUCGUUCAACAUGGUUAAAAAUUAAAAGCGAACUACCGACUGUAUCUGUUAGUAAAGAUUUAAUAGUUUUUAAUGGAACUGAUGUUAACUUAACAUGUAAUGUGAAUGGAUCACCAUGGCCAAAAAUAACUUGGUUUAAAUUAAAUUUAAAUGAUGAUGAACGAAUUUUAUUAAAUAAUAUUAAUCGAAGAUUUCAUGUUGAUCAUCGAACUGGUGUUUUAUCAAUAUCAAACACAAUACAAAAUGAUUCUGGUCUAUAUGAAUGUUUAGCGCAGAAUAGUCUUGGAUCAGCAAAUGCACAUACAACGUUACUUGUUCGUCGUAUGUAUAGAAAAACAAAAAAGAAAAAAACCUAA